GGGAAGCGGAAGUUCCAUACCUGAUCGCCAGAUACCGAAACCGGGAAUCCAAGGGGACUAAAUCACAGACUGGAUCUCGGAGACGCCAGAAAUAGAGCGGUUUUAAGAAGUGUCAGAGACCGGAGGAGACAUGAAGACUGCCCGGACUAAAACCCCACGGCGACCACCUCCCAAAAAACCAUCUAAUGCAGACCAGAAGGAUCCAGUGGGGGUUUACUGCAGAGUGCGUCCUCUGUCUCCCUCUGACCAAGAGUGCUGCAUUGAAGUCAUCAACGAGACCACCGUACAGCUGCACCCUCCAGAUGGACACAAGGUGAACCGGAAUGGUGAAUAUAAAGAGACACAAUAUUCUUUUAAACAAGUAUUCGGAACUCAGAUAACACAAAAAGAACUGUUUGAUGUUGUAGCCAAACCUCUAGUGGAAGAUCUGAUCCAUGGAAGAAAUGGUCUGCUUUUCACGUAUGGUGUAACUGGAAGUGGAAAGACACAUACCAUGACUGGAUCCCCCGGGGAUGGCGGUCUCCUGCCUCGAUGUUUGGACAUGAUCUUUAACAGCAUUAGCAAAUUUCAAGCUAAGAGAUAUGUUUUUAAGACGGAUGACAGAAAUGGCAUGGACAUACAAUGUGAGGUUGAUGCUCUAUUAGAGAGACAAAAGCGGGAAGGCCACUCACAGCUGGCUAGCAAAACUCCUCUAAACAAACAGAGGAUGGAGCCUGAGUUUGCUGAUAUGAUAAACAUUCAGGAUCACUGCAAGGUGGAGGAGGUGGACGAGGACAGCGUAUACAGUGUCUUUGUAUCAUACAUUGAAAUCUACAAUAACUAUAUCUACGACCUUCUGGAAGAAAUGCCUAUAGAUCCUAUAAAGCCAAGGUGGAACACGCCAGGAAAGAAUGCUGAGUUUAUGCCACCGCAAUCCAGAAACCUACGUGAAGAUCAGAACCAUAACAUGUAUAUUGCUGGAUGCACAGAGGUGGAGGUGAAAACUACAGAAGAGGCCUUUGAUGUGUUCUGGAAAGGUCAGAAGAAGAGAAGAAUUGCAAACACCACGCUGAACCGCGAGUCCAGUCGCUCCCACAGUGUCUUCAUGAUUAAAUUGGCGCAGGCUCCGCUUGAUGCUGAUGGAGAUAAUGUGCUUCAGGAAAAAGAGCAGAUCACUCUAAGCCAACUUUCCCUUGUGGACUUGGCUGGAAGUGAAAGGACAAAUCGCACCAAGGCUGAGGGUAACCGUCUACGGGAAGCAGGAAACAUUAACCAGUCAUUGAUGACGCUAAGGACAUGUAUAGAAGUUCUUCGAGAGAAUCAGCGUUAUGGUACAAACAAGAUGGUACCGUACAGAGACUCAAAGUUAACUCAUCUGUUUAAGAACUACUUUGAUGGGGAGGGCAAAGUCCGCAUGAUAGUGUGUGUCAACCCAAAGGCUGAUGAUCACGAGGAGAGUUUGCAAGUAAUGCGGUUUGCAGAGAUGACGCAGGAAGUUGAGGUUGCCAGACCUGUAGACAAACCAAUCUGCGGUCUGACUCCAGGCAGACGCUACAGAAACCAAGCAUUCAAAGACGAGCUUUCCCGCAGACUGGAGGAGCGUGGGGGCCCAGUAAUUGGAGAGCCUGACGAUCAGUCUGUGAUAGAGGUACUUAUUCAAAGCUUCCCUCCAAUCCCAUCUUGCGAGCUUCUCAAUGCUAAUGAUGAGAAUACACUCCCACUGCUCAUUGAAGUCCUGGAGAAAAGGAGAAGGAUCCGCCAUAUGAUGGCUGAGGAGUUCAAUAAGAACGUAUCCUCCUUCAAAUCAAUGUUACAAGAAGUUAAUGGGGUGGUUGCUGCCAAGGAGAAUAUUGUUCAGGGCAGAAUGUCGGAGAGAGAUAAGAUUAUAGCGUCACAAAAAUCUGAAAUGGAGCGACUGGAGAAGAAAAUCAAAACCUUGGAGUACAAGAUUGACAUUCUGGAAAAGACCACAACAAUCUAUGAAGAUGAAAAGCGCUCCUUGCAGCAUGACCUGGAGAACCAAACCCAGAAGCUGCAGCGGCAACUGUCCGAUAAAAGACGUCUGGAAGCCCGGCUGCAGGGCAUGGUGUCAGAGAAUUCAAUGAAAUGGGAGAAAGAAUGCGAACGCCGUGUGGCAGCCAAACAGCUGGAGAUGCAAAACAAGCUUUGGGUAAAAGAUGAGAAACUGAAGCAGCUCAAAGCCAUCGUAACAGAGCCUAAGAGUGAGAGGCCCGAGCGUCCGUCCCGAGAGAGGGACAGAGAGAGAGAACCAAGGGUACCCGUCAGAUCCAUCUCUCCUUCUCCUGCACCUUUGACUGGUAAUACCGUUGCCCAGUCACUCUACAGCCAGCCGUCCGCAGCUGAGCUGAGGCUACAUAGACGCUCAAACUCCUGCGAAAGCAUUUCCGUGGCUUCCAGCAUCUCUCAGUGGGAGCAGAAAACUCCACAGCCCAACACUGCGAGCCGCAGGCGGUGGGAGCCCGAGGCAGCUAGGAGGUUAAAUACAGCAGAGGGCAGGUCUCCGUAUCCAAUAUCAAGGCAGCAGGGAGAGCUAGAAGAGGAGCAAUGUUCCAGGAAUGUUCCCCCGGUGCAUGCCCGGCACCGCCGCUCGCGUUCAGCCGGGGCGGAGAGAUGGGUAGACCAUAAGCCGCCCAGUAGUGUGGAGACCGAGACGGUCAUGCAGCCCCAUGUCCCCAACGCCAUCAAAGUUUCCGUUGCCAGCGAAAAGGCGCUGGCAAAGUGUGACAAGUACAUGCUGACACACCAGCAACUGGCCUCAGAUGGGGAGAUUGAGACUAAACUUAUUAAGGGGGAUGUUUUCCGGACUCGGGGAGGAGGUCAAGCAGUUCAGUUCACGGAUAUUGAAACAUUAAGGCAGGAAUCUCCACCUGGAUCCACCCGCAAACGCAAAUCGUCACCAACAAAGCCUCCCCCGCAGGAAGACACAACAGAGUCUGAAUGGACAGAUGUAGAAACCAGGUGUGCUGUUGCUGUGGAGAUGAGAGCCGGCUCUAAUCUGGGUCCUGGAUACCAGCAUCACGCCAUUACCAAACGCAGAAAACCUUGAAGUGAAGACUGCUGAUGGCGUGGAAUAUGUGAAGUUGUAUAUAGUGGGAUGAGUGGCAGCCAGCCUGCAUCUCUUGGAUUCACUGCCAGAUAGACUUUCUGUGCUGUUCUGCUGCUGCGGCUGUGGAUUUUAUUUAACCUUUCAUGAACCUUCGGACAGUGGGAUAUCGAGCUACUUAUAUACACAGUUUUCUACAUUAAACAUGGAAGGGUUUUUAUUAUCUAUUAUAUCUAUUUUUUUUUCUCCAUCAUACUGUUUAAACAAAGAAAAACUGCUGCUCCUGAUAGCGGCAACAAUGCACUUUACCGUCGCGUUUCAUAGCGAUGCACUGCAUCUAUUUAACACAUGGUGCUUUGUUUUACGCAACAUGUCUCUAAUCAUACUACUAACCUCCAGCAAGAAAUAUACAAGCUGAUUUUAGAGACUUGUAAAUAAAAUUUAAAGGGCUUUUCAUGAAAAUGAUAA